GGAGGAAAUCGUCGAGCAGGGCGAUGGCGACGUCCCCAUGGACUCGGACGACGACGAGGACCAGGACCAGGAAAUCAUCAUGCAAAACGACUCCAUCGCCUACUUUGACGACCCGCGCGACUCCCUCUUCACCAUUGCCCAGCACCCGACACACCCCUCUCUCGUCGCCGUAGGAGGCGCUGCAGGCCCCGAGGACGACGCCCCCGGCGCAGGGUGGGUGUACGACUACUCGGCCGCGCAGUCGAGGCCCGUCCUGCCCGCCAGCUUCGCCUCGGACCCCUCGUCCGCCGCGAACAACCAGCAGACCACGCAGCUCCAGUCCCUCUUCUCCCUCGAGGGCCACACAGACUCCAUCAACGCCCUCGCCUGGACGCAGCCCGAGGGCGAGGUGCUCGUCAGCGCCGGUCUGGACGGCCGGAUACGCGCCUGGAAGGCAGACGUCAAGCCCAGCGCCCACGCCAAGUUCACCUUCCUCGGCGAGGCGCAAGAGGUGGAGGAGAUCAACUGGCUGCAGGCCUGCCCUUCGCCCUCCAACCCCAACGCGGUCGCGCUGGGUGCCUCGGACGGCUCCGUGUGGGUAUACACCAUUGACCCCAUCGACACAGCGAGUCCCCUCCAGAUUGUCCAGUCGUACUUCCUCCACACAGCGUCCUGCACGGCCGGCGUGUGGACGCCCGACGGCCAGCUGCUCAUCACCGUGUCGGAGGACAGCAGCUUGUAUGUGUGGGAUGUCUGGGGCAACGCGGCGGCCAAGGGUCUUGUGGGCGACAAUGGGCAGACUGCAGUGUCGAUGACGGGCGAGGAUCAGCGCUUCGAGGUCGAGGGCGGUCUGUACUCCAUCGCCGUGGAUCCCAAGGGCGGCUUCGUCGCCGUGGGCGGUGCAGGCGGCCAGAUCCGCGUGGUGUCUCUGCCCAGGCUCAGCGCCACGACACAGUCCGCCUCGCAAGCGCGCGGCGCGCAGCGCAACAACAAAACCGCCGCAGACCCCACGAGUGGCGGUCAGAUCCUGGCGUCGCUCCACGUUCAGUCCGACAGCGUGGAGAGUCUGGCGCUGAGCCUGGCGAGCACGACGCCCCCUACUGUCCUCCUGGCCGCCGGUGCCGUCGACGGGUCGAUCGUGGUGUUUGAUGCGACGCGCAAGUUCGCCGUGCGGAGGAACAUUGUCGGCGCGCACGAGGAGCACUCCGUCGUCAAGGUGGAGUUCAUCAAGGACUCGUGGAUCCUGACCAGCUGUGGUAUGGACGGUGUCGUGAGGCGAUGGGAUAUCCGUGGCGGCGGCGCGACACCACAGAACAAUGCCGGGUCGGCCGACGCUGGUCUGCUCAAGGAGUGGAAGGGCCAUCGCGGCGAUGGCGAGGGCGGCGGCGUGCUGGGCUUUGUGCAAGGGCAGACGGGCGAGAGGGUGGCGACCGCAGGCGAUGAUGGCAUCAGCCUGAUUUUCGAGGCAUAGAGGAAGAAGAACAUGCAAUACAAAAAAAAAAGCGCAAUGUUCAAAGCACAAAGUCAUGAGAGUUUCU